GCCGGACCGGACAGGCUGCCGAGGCGCUGAUCGCCAGCACGCGAGGCCAAGGGCCGGACGGCCACCGGAGGGCACAGCGCGCCCGGUGCGGGGAGGGACCUGCCACCCGCGGCCCCCCACGCGGGGACAGCGAUGCGGUGCGCCCUGAGAUCCCGGUAGCCUCGGAUCUGCGGCGGUGAUGGAUGAGCCGUGGUGGGAAGGGCGCGUCGCCUCGGACGUCCACUGCACUCUACGCGAAAAGGAACUGAAGCUGCCUACCUUCCGUGCCCACUCCCCGCUCCUGAAGAGCCGUCGCUUCUUUGUAGACAUUCUGACCCUGCUGAGCAGACACUGCCAUCUCUGCCCCUCAGCCCGGCACCUGGCCAUCUACCUGCUGGACCACUUCAUGGACCAGUACAACGUCACCACCUCCAAGCAGCUGUAUACUGUGGCUGUCUCCUGCCUCCUGCUGGCGAGUAAGUUUGAGGACAGGGAAGACCGCGUGCCCAAAUUGGAGCAGAUAAACAGUACGAGGAUCCUGAGCAGCCAAAACUUUUCCCUCACCAAGAAAGAGCUGCUGUCCACGGAACUUCUGCUCCUGGAGGCUUUCAGCUGGGACCUCUGCCUGCCCACGCCUGCCCACUUUCUGGACUACUACCUCUUGGCCUCGGUCAGCCAGAAGGACCACCACUGCCACACCUGGCCCACCACCUGCCUCCGAAAGACCAAAGAGUGCCUCAAGGAGUACGCCCACUACUUCCUGGAAGUUACCCUGCAAGAUCAUAUCUUUUACAAAUUCCAGCCUUCUGUGGUCGCCGCAGCCUGUGUUGGAGCCUCCAGGAUCUGCCUUCAGCUCUCUCCCUACUGGACCAGAGACUUGCAGAGGGUCUCAAGCUACUCCCUGGAGCAUCUUAGCACGUGUAUUGAAAUCCUGCUGGUAGCCUAUGACAAUGUUCUCAAGGAUGCUGUUGCUGUCAAGAGCCAGGCAUUGGCCAUGGUGCCGGGCACAUCACCAGCUGCCACCCAAGUGCUGUUCCAACCGCCCACCUACCCUACGCUCAGCCAACCGCCGCCAACGCUAGCCCAGUUCCAGAGUCCAGCACAGGACUUGUGUUUGGCUUAUCGGGACUCAUUACAGGCCCACCGCUCAGGAACCCUGCUCUCAGGAGACACUGGUCCAUCCCUCCACACCCCAUACUCAACCCUCCAAGCCUUGGAUAUGUGUCCUGUGCCUGUGCCUGCAUCCCUAAGCAUGCAGAUGGCCAUUGCAGCUGAACCCAGGCACUGUCUUUCUGCCACCUAUGGAAGCAGCUACUUCAGUGGGAGCCAUAUGUUCCCCACAGGUUGUUUUGACAGCUAGGCUACAUUUGGACCACACGGAGAAUCCUGGAAGACCCGGAUCGAGGAAGUGGACACCUAAGAGGGAGAGCUCAGUCAAGUGAGGCAAAGAACCUAGUACCCUUCAAUAGUGAGGGUUUAUGUGCUUUGAAAAAAAAAAAAAAGAACAACCCAGAGCCAAACAUCCAGGGACAUACCUCACCCAACAGCGUCUCUCUGGGAAAAAAACCUCUUCCAUGUGUGGCUGAAGGACAAAGACGUGGCUCUGUGGCCAUUCCCUUGAGCUGGGGGAGCCAGUGGAGCACAUCAGACUUGGUAAGAGGCUUGGACAUUGCGGACUGCAUAGAGAUCUGUAGCACAUCCGGGCUUUUCUAAGACUACUCGUCACAGCUAAACCACUGAGAAACGAAGGGGCAGCCGGGCAGUGGUGGCGCACGCCUUUAAUCCCAGCACUCGGGAGGCAAAAGCAGGCGGAUCCCUGUGAGUUCAAGGCCAGAUUGCUCUACAGAGCAAGUUCCAGGACAGCCAAGGUUAAAUAGAGAAACACUGUCAGGAAAAAAAAAAUCAAAAAGAAAAAGAAAGAAAAAAGAGUUGGCACUUGGGAUAUAUAUCCUCUGUGUCUCUAGAAGAUCCGUCCCGAGUGUUUUUCUCUCCUUAGCUCCACACCAAGGGCACAGUUGUCUGUGUUUAUGACCGAGCACUGGCCCCAGGAGGUACAGCGGCUAUCUUGCCCUUUCUUUUUUUGAACCUCAAACCUUUUUCGCCCUUCUAGAUGUUUCACGUGCUGCUGCUUCCCAGAACAAUCCAGCUUUCUCUCCUGUAGAACCACCUUGUUUACAUACUGUGUCAGGGAUUCUGGGAUACUUGAAAAUUCCGUAAGAGGAAAACGUUUGAAUUGCCGCACUGUCUGUCCCGCGUUGAGGCUGUGUCUUUUCCUAACCCAGCUUGUGAGCAAACCGGUGUGUAACCACAGCGCGUGUGGGGGGGACACACCUCCCAGGCUCUCAGCUCUGAAGAGUCCACCCUUGGCCUGCUAGGGUUCCCUCCACCCACCCCCCGCCCACUUGGACUCAGAUCACUGCCCCCUAGUGGGGGAAUGUUGUUGAAAGGAAGACAAAGGUUUGAACUAGUCCUCACUUCCCUCCAUGCUUGUAGUGCUAAGGUGAAACCAACCCCAGCUCUGAGUGUGGUCAGUAGUAAAAGGUAAUGAUACUGAGGGAUAUUUGAAAAGUAGGGGAUGACCAUGGGAUAGGACGCUAGCGUUGACAGGCCAGGGAUUGCUGGAGCAAAAGCCAGUGUGUGGGGAUCUGCAGUUGGAGGGCUCAAGAAGACUGUCACCAUGUGCAAUAUGUUAAUGACUCUGACUCAUAGCUUGUGCUUAGGAUGUUCUUGUGGGUUUUUUUUUUUUUGUCAGGGGACAUGCUGUUCACCCAUCAGAAUUGGGAGGGUGCAAAAGACCGCAGGAACAAAUUUUAGUUUUGUUUUUGAAAAGAUUGUGUCUUUAUUUUGUUUUUCUUUUCUUAUUCUUUUUUUUUGGGGGGGGGGGCUUUUAUUUUACAACAGGUCUAGUGUAGCUAAGGCUAGCCUCAAACUUAGUAUGUAGCCGGAGGCUGACCUUGAGCUCCUGAUCCUCCUGCUUCAGCCUCCCUCCCACCACACCCUGCCUCCCUUCUUGGUUCUCUUUGACUCAUUUGCCAAUCUAAGAGACCAAGGCAGGGACUGCCAGGAAGGCGGCCAUGUGCUGCUGAGUCGGAUUCCACAGUGAUAGAACUUUUCUAAACAGAUGAAUGUCUCAUGGAAGCAGAAUAAGGAGAGAGCUGGAUGAAGAUGAGGCGCUGCCAUUUUGUCAGUGAGCAUAGGAACCUGCACAUUUGUUUGUUAUUUUUUGUGUUUUUGGCUCCCACCCCUCCACCCCCUUUCCCAGCCUCUUUGUAUUUAUGUGCAACUAGUUUGGAGUCCAAGUUAUUGUAUCUGUCUGUUUCUAGGCUGGGGCCCC